AUGCAGCAGGGUCGUGAUCAAUUUCCCACUUUACUUCGCGGGAAAAAGGUUCUUCUCGCGACAGAGUCGUGGGGUCCCGUCAAUGGUGUCAGUCGUACCACCCGCAGCUUGGUUGAAUAUCUUCGUGGCCAUGGGGUCGACCUCGUCGUGGUUGCGCCUCAAUUCAAGGGCGAGGCCGGAAAGCCAAAGCUCCCAUGGGAAUAUCGCCUUCCCGGAUGCGCGUUGCCAUAUAAUCCCGACUUGACCCUCGUCUAUCCAUUCCAAAUCUUUGAGGUCUAUCAGCAGACCUUUGAACCGGAUGUCCUCUACCUGGCGAGUCCCGCCUCACUUGGAUUUCAGAUGCUGUUGCAAAUCAGACAAUUACGGUCACCUCCGCCAGUACUACUCAACUUUCAAACAGACCUGUCCGCCUAUUCAGAAAUCAUGCUGCCAACGCCCCUAGACCAGUUUGGGGUCUGGCUGUUGGCGACGGUCCAGGGAUUUUUGUUCAAAGCUCGAUCUGUUCAUACAAUCUUCUAUCCUUGCACGGCCAUCCGCGGCUAUCUUGAACGAGCUGGUGCGCCAGGCGAUCGUCUGGUCCAACUGGGUCGUGGUGUGGACACGACAACAUUCAACCCAACGCAUCGCGACGAGAAAUUCCGCCGAGAAAUCGCCCCGAAUGGAGAAAUCAUUCUCAUCACUGUGUGUCGUAUUGCGCCGGAAAAGGGGUUUGAAUUUCUCGCCCAGGUAGCCACACGCCUGGCUGCGGACAAAGUGCCAUUCAAACUGAUUAUAGUAGGAGGCAACCGGAAUCCGGCGGUUGAGAACCAGGUUCAGCGACUGUUCAACGGUACCCGAAAUCAUGUCGUUUUCACCGGGUUCCUCACCGGCGUGCCCUUGGCUCGUGCAUACGCGUCAGCAGAUGUAUUUCUGCACUGCUCCGUCACCGAGACCUUUGGCUUGGUUGUGCUAGAAGCCAUGGCUAGUGGUCUUCCGGUAAUUGCACGCGAUCAAGGUGGACCCUCUGAUAUCAUCCGCCAUGAUCAGACGGGCUAUCUUGUCACGCCACGAGAUCUCACUCGUUUCACCGAGUUGACCCGUCAAGUGUCUCAAGACUCGCAAUUACGGACAAGGCUCGCAGCAGCUGCUCUUCAAUACGCCGACGAUACGACCUGGGAGAAGAUCAACCGUCGGGCUGCCUGGCAGAUCGCGGAUGCCCUAACCCAAAGAGAUUCUGAAUCGCAUGGGACACAAGCGGUACCUCGGCCGGGGUUGCUGGCCUCGAUCAUGGAGCACAUCCGCCUCGUAUUCGCCGUAGGGAUGGUCUACUUGAUGUGGCUCGUUGCCGUGGUGCCGCUGAUUAUUCAUGGACAUCGAUUCAUCCCUCGGGCAUGGCAAGUGCUCCAGCAUCAGUUCCAAUCAACACGGCCACUCCGGGGUUGA